AUAAGACUUUUAACAUGGGUGGUUUCCAUAGAUAAUAUUGUUUCCGACUUGCCAUGUUAGUUUCAUAAUAUUGAAUAUUCAAUUUUGUCGUCAAUUUCAUCUCGCUGACGUUUAUGACAUAUUCUAGGAAUAUUGAUCAAAUUUUCGUAAUUUUACAGUUCUUGAAAGAACUAAUUUUUUCUAACAAGAUGGGUGUUGUUUCACAUUUUGUAAGUACCUCCUUAUUAAAAAUAUUGGCUUUUAACUUUUUAUACUUAAUAUAUUUCCAAUUAGUAAAUACCCAUCUAUCUAUCUUCUUUAUCUUCUUCCUUAGCAUACCAAUCCGUUCAACAUAUCCAUCACCAAACCUCUCCAAUUUUUUCUGUUGUAUACCUCGUCAAAAGUACCGUUUUCAUUUAUACUUUUGAUGGCAUGAGCUGUAAUAUCGACCAUGGGGUUCUAGGUCUUUUUAAUGGUACAUUUUAUGUUUAUUGUGUUUACCUAUACUACUUGCAGAACUUGUCAAUCCCCUCUCCUAAUACAUCUUAACCAUUCUAGAUGUUUGCUAAUUAUGUAUGAUAAAAUAUUUGGCCUGUUAUAUCUUUGGUCCCAGGGAAAAUAUGCUUAAGUCAUUUUUUUGUUUAUUUUAUAAUUUUGUCUUUUGGAAUUUUUUCAGCUUUAUUUAUUGGUGUGAAUGGCAUAAGUACAUGUAUUUUAGUUAAUGUAUGUAGUGUAUUAAUGUAAGUACAAGUGUAUUUAUUUUUAAAUUUUUAAAUUGCUCUUAUUGAAAACUAAGUACACAAAAUUAACUCAAGUUCUUAUUCCCUGAGACCAAAGAUAUAGUUUCUGUAGUUCUUGAUUUUUUAAUUUUUCAUACAUUUUUAACUGCAUUAUAUCUUGGUCCAUAUAUAUUUCUCAAUACCUUUCAUUCAAAGGUUAUUAAUUUUGUGCUGUCCUCAUUAGUAAGUGACCCUUGUUUCGCUCCCAUAUGUGAUUACUGGUUAUAAGUAACUAAGGUAUAGGAAUGUCUUUGAAUUUUGUGUUAAUAGUUUUAACUUAAGAAGUUUCAUAAUGGUAUAAUAACACUGGUUGCUACAUGCUAUUCGUUCAGUAAUUAUUUUGUCUUUUUCACUUUUUCGAAGCUAUAGUUAUGUCUUUACUAUCUAUGUUUGGGAUUCUUCUUGUUACCAUUAAAUAUUUAGUUUUAUCUUAAUUUAUGUGCAGACUUAUGGACUUGCUUUUAAAUGUAUAGAUGUACUUAUGAUUUCAUCUCUUAUCUUUCCUAUAAAUACUAUGUAAUCUGCAUACACCAAAAUUAUGUGUUUUCCACAUAUUUUCAUUUCUCAGUCAUCCUUCACAUCUCUAAUUACUUUUUCAAGUGAUAAAUAAAAUAGGCUAGGUGACAAGGCAUUUGCUCCUUGAAGACCCGAUUUUAAAAGUUUUAGACAUGUUACAUUCUUUUAUCAAGUUCAUGCAUAUUUCUAAGAUACUUAAUACCUCCAGUGCUUUCAAUAACUCUCCCCAGUCAAUAUUAUCAUAGGUUUAUUUUAGGUCUUUAAAUAUAAGGUGUAGUUCUUUAUCAAAUUCAUACUUGCCUCAGUAUAAAGGUAUGGUCCAAUGUUGAUUUGCUUUUUCUAAGAGUAAUGAUGUAAAUACUUAGUAACAUGUGUCAAGGAGAGAUAUUCCUCUAUACUUCUUUACUUUGGUUGGAUCUCCUUUUUUUUAAUACAGGAUUUAUUAUUACUGUAUUAUUUCAGUCCUCCGGUAUAAUGUCUUUGUCUGAUAUGAAAUCUUUAAUGUUUCUUCUUUUUUCAGUGAUUCAGCGACUACUCUUGCUAUAUAUAUAUUUAUCUAUACUCUAUAGAGUUUAAUAUUAUAAUUAAAAACACAUAUUUAGUUUAUAUCUCAUUGAGUUAGUUUAGAACUCAUCAAAUCAAAAAAAAAAAAAAAAAUACAUGUUUAACAGAGUUGAAAAUACAUCAAGUUAAACUUUUACAUUUAAAGAUUAUUAUGGAUGAUAUGGAAACAAAAUAAUAAUCUGAUUAAUCUUUAACAAUGUUGUUUUUUAUUAGAAAUAUAUUUUUUAUUUAAAAUAUAUCUUUUCUAUUAAUAAAACGAACUAUAAUUUUUAUUUGGUAUUUUUACCUAAACAUAUAAAUUUGUUUAAAUUCGUUUUAAUUGGGAUUCUUUUGAAAUCUUCUCUAAUGACCAAGUACAUUUUUUUUUUACAUUAUAUUUAAUUACUGUUUCUAUAUACAGAGUGAUUUUUUUUUUUACCGUGAACCAGCAAUUAUCUUGACAUUUUUUUAAGUUAAUUUGAUUUCUGUUUUUUCUAAUCAUUAUGGAAUCUUUUAAGCUUUAUUUUAAAACUAUUUUAAAUUUUUUAUCCCUUCUCCGUAUACCUUAAAUAAGUACAUACUUUUGAUUUUCAAAUAGGAACCCCCUCCUCUUUUGAACUCAGAUUUGAAUAGAAAAUAUUUUUCUAGAUAUGUUGAAAUGCAUAACAUUAAUAUCAGAUUUACCGUUUAUGAAUUAUAACAGUUUAAAGUUUAGACCAGAGGAGUAAGGAAAGGUAAUAAAUUGCCUAUGUGUAAUCCAUAUUAUAUAUAUAUCUGUCAGAUUGAUAUAACUAAUUUCUAGUAUAAUGUUCUUUACAGUGGAUGAAAAUGUUACAUUAUGUACAUUAAGUACUUUUAUGUGAUUAUACUAAUAACUGACUAUUAUUUAAUUUUUAGGUUGCAUUGGGCUUGGGUGUUUAUUCAGGAAUUUAUGUAGCACAAAAUUAUGAAGUAAGUUUAAUAUUAUAUUUUUUUAUUUGUUUCCUGAUAAUAGCUAAACACAUUUAUUUUAUUAUAGGUAGCCAAGGUCGAUGAGCCCAGUGUAGUUAUAGACAAAUUAAAAAGGUAUUUGGAAGAAAUAUUGAAGCCUAAAUCAUAAAUAUAAUAUAACUAUUGUGACAUUAAAAAUGUAAUAGUUUUAAACUAUCUAUUUGUAUUUGUAAAUAUAAAUUAAUAAAAACAAUAUAAUUAAAUACAUUAGUAAUUCUAACAUUAGAUAUAAACUUAUGUACAAUUUACAUUUUUGUCUUCUUAUUUUUAGUUUUUAUCUUUACAUAUCAUAGAUUA